AAUUAGGAAAGAGGGAGUAAAUUGUUAUGCAAGUAAGAGUUUUUGUGAAAGAGAGGAAGGAUCCUGUAUUUACUUUGUAUUGUUACAUUGAUCUACAAGUAAGAGUUUUUGUUUAUAUGCGUAAGGUGGCACUGUACAUUAGAAAGAGAGGAGCUUAUAAUUACAUAGAUGAAAACACAUACUAACAUAGCAAUAUUAUCUUUUGUGCAUUAGACUUCGUUUCCUUACAGUGCUCAAUACUCAUUCAUUGUGUUCUAGGCCUAAAAUCAAAUUAUUCAUCUUAACUUGACAUGUAUCUCUAGCAUUUAAGGGCGCGGCAUAGUGGUCAAUGAAGUGGGUGAAAACCUUGGAAACCACGGUUCAAAUCCCAACACUGUCACAAAACUUUAGGUGAUUUCUUCAUAUCUACCCAAGUCUUGGUGUGCAGAGUUACCAUGUACUUGUGCAUGUACUUGUGCUAGUGGGAGAUAGCAGGUACCCGGUGGAAAUAGUCAAGGUGCACAUAAGCUGGCAAAGGCCUGACAUGUAUCUCUCAUUCCUGGGCACUUUGUGGUUGGUGGAAAUUGGAUGAUAGUGAAUUAUACAGAAAAGCACCAUGAAACUUUACAAUGGAAGUGUUUUAUCCGAGGAUGUUGCUGUUUAUUCUCAUGUUUAGAAUUGCAGUUCCUACCAUAGGGAUCAUCAUAAUCCUGUGUUUGGAUAAAUUGAAGUUGCGCCAAGCAAAGGAUAAAAUUAGUGUUACCAGGCCUGAUACUUUGAGUGCUCAAGUACAAACAGAACAUCAGCAACGUAUGCCUGAUGAAGCAUCCUCAUUGGAGCUGUCCCCUACAUCUGUUACACCGUCCAUUUCAUCAGUGCCGAGCCCAACUCUAGCAGAAAGACAAUUGUCAGCAGCAGUAAAUGGUAGUACAGGAGAAGUGGCUAAGCGGAGUUCCGAUGGCAAGGUUCUACCUGUUGUGCCAGUCCUGAAGACACCAUCCCGUGAUGGGUACAAUUGGCGGAAGUAUGGUCAAAAGCAAGUUAAAAUUCCUCAAGGUUCUCGAAGUUAUUACCGAUGCACUCAUUCUGAGUGUUGCGCCAAGAAGAUUGAGUGCUCUGAUCACAGUAAUCGUGUGAUGGAGAUUAUUUAUAGAAGUCAACACAAUCAUGAUCCACCCCCGAGAGUAAAUUGCUCAAAGGAAAGCAAGCCCAUAGUAUUGCCUGCACCUGCAAAUGACAACCGUAUGAUAGCUUGUCCAAAGAGAAGUUUUAAUGAGACCGUGCCGUCCUCUUUAAAAGAAAAUUUACAAGAAACUUCACCUAUUGCUGAGAAAGCAAAUCAGGAUUCUUGUGGGUCUGAUACUGACACUGAAAUCACUAUUAAAGAGGAGCACAGUGAUGAAAAGAAGAGGUUGAAGAAAAGUGGCGAAAGUUCUGAAUCUGUUUCUAGACCCGGAAAGAAACCCAAACUUGUGGUGCAUGCUGCUUGUGACGUAGGAAUCUCAAGUGAUGGCUAUAGAUGGCGCAAGUAUGGACAAAAAAUGGUGAAGGGAAAUCCCCACCCAAGGAACUACUAUCGCUGUACAUCAGCUGGAUGUCCGGUUCGAAAGCACAUUGAGAGAGCCGUAGAUAGCACGAGUGCAUUGAUAAUAACAUAUAAGGGAGUACACGAUCAUGACAUGCCCGUACCAAAAAAGCGUCAAAGUCCACCGAGUGCACCUCUUAUUGCUGCUGCUGCCCCUGCUUCCUUGACCAAUCUGCAGGGUAAGAAACCCGAACUGCUACAGCAUCAAAAAUCAACCACACAAUGGUCCGUGGAUAAAGAAGGUGCGUUAACAGGUGAGAAAUUGGACCUUGGAGGAGAAAAGGCAAUGGAGUCGGCUCGAACUCUGUUGAGUAUUGGAUUUGAAAUAAAGCCUUGCUGAAAUUGUUUAGCUGCUUUGAUUUUUAUCGCCUUUUUUUCCCCUUGCAUUUAUUUAGUUUUCCGUCAUAGGGCUUUCUUGUAGAAAUAAGAAGCAUGUACCUUUUUUUUAAGUCUUACAGUUUAUCAAUAGGUUGAGUAGAUUGGUUGUAGUCGUCCAAUAUAGAUAGUUUAUACUCUGGUUAUGUACAUUAUUGAGGAUCAAACUAAUUUAAAUAGAACUUAGAGAGAAUAUCUUCAUAUGUU